UAAGACUCCGCCACACGGGCCGUGUCGGUCUGCUGUUGUGUGGAGUAAUAUUAUACAACACGAACCAUACGAGGAGGGGGUAGGCUCGAGAUCGGUGAAGCAGACGGUAGAGUCAUCAACGUAACAUGAUUGAUACAGAAAUUCUCCUCUGAAGUGCCAAUGUACGUUCGGACAACACACAAGUAGCCACGAAUGUGACCCUCCUCAAUCUUAUACUCAACAUUUCGAUAAAAAAACUUUAACAAUAUGGCACGUUUUUAACUUGUGUGAAUAAGGAAAUUUGACAUGGAGCCGUCUGUAGGGGUUAGGAAUAUGACAAGUUCCAAGGAACUAUGGAGACAGAUCCGACUGGAAAUGAAGGAGGUGAUUCAGAGCCAUUCCACCCUUCUAUUGUUACCGGUGGUCAUUUCGUUCUUUCUUCUGUUGGUUUUCUUUUGGAGACGUUAUCUGCGAUGGACCGUCCCUUGUCAGAGCUCGCGUCAGCUCAACGGUAAAACAGUCAUCGUCACAGGAGCAUCCGGUGGACUAGGCAAAUCCACAGCGUACGAAUUAGCCAAAAGAGGGGCCAAGGUCAUCCUUGCCUGUCGGAACCUGAAGAAGGCAGAAGCAGUUGCAAGGGCGAUACGUUUGAAGACACAUAAUGAUGACGUGUACGCAUCCUACAUGGAUCUAGGAAGUUUGCGCACCGUCAAGGAAUUCGCACAGGACUUCCAGGAAAAGGAACCAAAAUUGGACAUCCUCAUUAAUAACGCUGCUUACAUGGGGCCGCGAGCUACGACAGAGGACGGAUAUGAGAGAAGUUUCGGAGUUAACUAUCUGGGUCAUUUCUACCUGACCUAUCUUCUGAAAGACAGACUGAAGAAGUGUGCUCCAAGUCGUAUUGUCAAUGUAUGUUCGGACUCCUAUACCAAAGGCAAGAUCGAAUUUGAAGACCUGGCGAUGAAGAACUACGAUAUUUAUGGCGCAUAUGCGCGCAGUAAGCUGGCAAUAGCGCAGUUUACAGUUGAGGCGCAUAGAUGCUGGUUCCCGGAUGUCGUACUUGCCUACGCUGUACAUCCAGGCUGUGUUCAUACGGAACUGCUGAGGAACUGGCCGGGGCUAUUUGGACAGGUAUUACGCGCAGCAGCAAGGUUUCUCUUCAAGACUCCCGAGGAAGGUUGUCAGACAAUCGUCUACUGCGCAGUCGCAGAAGGCAUCAGAGAUCAGUCCGGGAAAAUGUUUGAGAACUGUAAACCAUUGAAAACGAAGGAUUUUGUAAAGGAUAAAGCUAAAGGGCGGCAACUCUGGAAUAAGAGCUUACGUUUAUGCGACUUAGACGAAGAGCCCGACGUUUCUGAUGAAGAGCCUACAUCAGAAGUGAACCCUGUGAGGGUCAAUGGAGAACAGGCAGAGACAGGUGCUAAAAACCAAACAAAUCUAGAAGAGAAGAAAGAAAGAUAGAUUUAUAGUUUUAAUACACGUGAGGGAGUGAGUGAACAACUGAUAGAACACGUGUGCAUGCUUGUUGCUGCUUUUAUCUAUUGAUUUUAAAAUCUAGGCAGGAUUUGUUAUUGUUUGACUGCUAAUUGACAUACUUGCUGUGUCUAUGCAUUUUUAGGGUAAAUAUAGGUGCAUGAUUUCACUGAGUGAUGUAUUCAUUAUGUUCACGAGAUAGGAUAAUUAUAUUAAUUAUAUUAAUUACCUAAGCUACAAAAGUUUUUAAUCACACGUCAAUCCGUCCACUUUUGUCUGUGAUUCUGUUGAAAAUUUAUAUAUAUAUUUUUACACAAAGAUAAGAUUUUAUGAUUUCUUGCUUAAAAGAUUCAGAAUCACGGAUAUUUCUAUUUGUGUGAUAUUUUAUGUGUUUGAUGUAUAAAUACUGGCACAUAUGAAACAAUAAUAUGUCUAUGUUUACAAAUACGAUAUAUAAGAAUACUUCAGUAAUUGCAGGAGAAAAGAUAACAGCCGGUGUAGGGUAGGGGAGUGUUGAAGGAGAGGUUCUGUGUGAAUUUAGAUAAAAGGGUUUAAAAUUAUAUCUCUAAGGAUUUUAAUAAAACAACAGGAAUCGAAAAUUUUCAGAUUAAGUUACUUGUGUGCAACAAGCGUGACACUUCGAUUUUACCUCGCCUUUCGAUCGUACUUGUCUCAAGGUCGCUGUUUAAAUAGAGAACUAAACGUGAUAUUGUUGUUAUGUAAUAUCAGAAUCUUGUAUUAUAUUAGAUUGCUGUAGUGCAGACAUUUUCAAUUAAAAAAACAACAGUUUUCCUAAAUCAAUUAGACGUAGAAUUAUGCUGUUGUGACUUUAAUAUCAUCACACGUGACGUCAUCACAGAUUGUUUGAUGUGCAUGAAAAAGACGUUAUUUCACCAAUGGAAUGUGUUAAUUUGCUUCUUGAAAUGUCGGUUUCUUUUUAUAACUUAACCUACAGUUUGAUGAUAUUUAAAAUUCGCAUUUUUAUACGUUCCUGCUGAUCAAAAGCUUAGAUGUAUGACUUUCGAUAUUUCAUUUUUCCCAUAUGGAUGUCGAUGUUACUGAAAUUGGAGGUAUUAUUAUUAUCAUUAUUACAAACUUAACGGCCCGUCAACACGGGCCAUCAACCAGUGAAACACACAGCGAUCAAAAAAAGGAAAUAACAUCAAGCAAAAUAAAAGGUAAAAGACAAAUGCUAAAAAUCUUAAAUUUUUAUAUUGUCACGAAAGAUUAAAAUGUCAUAGUCUAUACCAUAUGUUUCAGAUAACCUAGAAUUAUAAAUCUCAACAGUUUCAAAAAGGUCUUUAGACUUCUAACGUUACGAUAAAUAAACGCAUUUCAACAUAUAUGAUUGGUAAUGUUGAAUACCAUUAGAUAAUGGUUUCACUUUAACGAGAUACCUGGUCAUAGGUACGAAUCUUCACCGAGGAUUACUACAUGAAAUAUAUAAUAUAGUCGUCUCCAAUUUCCCAACUGAUGUACCAACGAAUAAUGAAUGCGGGAAGCCCGAGAUCAUUAGAUAUCAAAAAGGGAAAUGGAUGGAUUCGUGGUGUAAGGCUACUCGCAAAAUCAUGUUUAUGAGGAAAAAGGAUGUCGGGUAUAUUUUCAAUACUGUUGAAAUAUAUACCAGUGAUGCUGGAUGAUUAUUCUUGAAUUCUUAACGUGUUAACUCGGCUGGAGGAGUCAAUCAGUCAGUGCCUGUUAGCAGCCUCAUGUCUGUUUUGAUGGAAUGCGUUUCCGACGCUAAACUGAAGGGUAACCAACUCUUUGUUUUGAUUUAAUAGAUGUAGAUUAUAUACAGGUAGUUGAGUGGGAAGUCGUUCUGUGAUAACUACCAAUUAAUACCAGCAACAAGAGGGCGUUGACCUAAUGAAUCUACCGAACGCGAGUGUACCUGAUAAGGACGCUGAAGGAAAGGUGGAAUUUUAAAAUCUACUUCAUCAUUGGAACGCUAUGAAAACUUGUCAAUACACUAAAUUUUAAGGUCUUUCGCCCCUGUGUAACUGAUAUAGUAUUUAUCAGCAUGUUGAUAUACAGCUAUCUGUAUUAUCUGUGUAGUAUGGAUAUAUUUUUCCUACACAGAUGUUUGGCAUGUAGCGUUUUACUGUUAUAUCUUCACCCCGUUUAAGUGGGUGUUUGUUUACAUGGCGAAUCUCUCAUGCCAAGUCGGUGUCGAUGCUCGCAACCGAACAUGUUACACGAACCUGUUAGUAUACUGGUGAUUUCACUUCAGUGUUUAAUACUUGAAUGUUAAAGGUUUAAACGGUGGGAUGCUAUCCACAGGCGCCUUGUAAAAUUGGUACUUUCCAGAGACGAUUUUACCGAUAGUGACUCUUAACAUAUUGAAAGCUCGACUGUCGAUAACGUUUUGUAUAUCACAUAUAUUUUUAUAUUUAACGGGAUCAAAUGAAUACACCUUUUACUAAUUAAUUUAUCAAAUCCACAAGAAUGACAUGGUAAUUAGGUGUGGGGUAGGCUGAACAUCAGCUAUGAAAAUGGAAAUCCCUCGAUAGAUAGACAUAGUACAAAUUCACCUUGUGUAUUAGUUUCAUUUUAAAAUGGAUUCUGAAUUUCGAAACCGAAACAAUCAUAUUGUAUAAGUAGUGAUAGUAUUAACGUUCUUAAGCAUUUUUGUCACACCUUUUGAGUAUUUCUUCCUGAGUUCGGGCAGCAUUAGCAUAACAAAGUGUUUCGGAAAUAAGGAUAACAAAGUCUGAUUAUUAAUAUGCCCACCGGCGACUUUUUUAUUUAUUGGUUCAAAAUAAUCUGUAUUAUUGGCUACAUAAAAUUGUACUGACUGGUGAGAAAUGUUCAAAAAAUCUGAUAUCAUGUGUUGCUUAGUAUAUGUAAUGCUUUUGAUAUUUCUUGUGUUUUUGUGUUUAUUUUACUUAACAGUCACUUCAUUAUUCUGGGCACAUAAAUGUUCGGAUGUAUAGCGAUAAACUUUUCAGUUCGUUUAUAAAUGUUCUUUCCAAUGUUUCAAUGAAGAUCUUGCUGAAAAUAAAGAAGACUUUGCAUUUAUUUUUUCAUACAAAAUAUAUUUUGUGUAAAUAUUUUUUUAAAUAUUUACAUGUAUCAAAACUAACGUCGUAAUUGAGUAAAUAAAAAAUAUGGUUUAUUUUGAUCUAUGCCUAUAUGUUCAUUAAUGCAAUUUACGGCUGGGCAAAUACAGUUGAGCUAUUUUUAGAAAUUAGAUUAUGGAUGAUUCUAGUGUUUAUAUAAUGUUGAUAUAUAUAUUAAGCAGAUAGACAUGAGUGUGUUAUGUCAUGGGCACAGUGUAUAUCCGGUUGCUAGUCAUGGUAUUUCUACAUUAUAUGAAACAUAAACAACCCGUCAGAACACAUUUUGCUAUUUGACAUUGUACUUACGUUUAUUGGAAUGCAUGUUACUUAUAUAUUUAUAUACUAUGCAAGUUUGUGUCUUAAAAUAAAUACAGAAGCUGUU